CCCCCUCACCGCCAACCCCGCCCGAUCUCCCUAGGCCCCGCCUCGCCCUGUGGAACGACCCCGCCAGUUGGGUCCAGCCUUUGAAGUUAAUGCACAACCUAGACUCGGGCACUUCUCCCGCAGCAGACCCAGGCUCGGAGACCCGGACGCUGGGACAGGCUGCUCGCCGACCACCCCCCCCGCGCGGGGGCCAUGGCGCCCCCCGCAGGACCCGCCCGCCGCCCCGGGGACGUCCGAGCCGCGCCUCCCUGAAGCCGAUGCCCACCCGGGAGUCCCCCCAGACCCGCGGCUACCGGGGAGACCUGCAGACCCGCCCGCCUGGCCCUGGGCCCCCGCGAUUGGUGCCUCCAGGCCCGAAAACCAGCGCCCCCCAAGCCUUGUGCGAGCGUCAAGCAGGAGCGCACAGGCCAAGGCCCAAGAAGAUUGUAUUUAAGGAUGAGCUGCCCUCCCGGGCCCUUUUGACCACCAAGAAGCCUAUUGAAGCCAUCCCCACGGGGCAUAUGCCAAGGCCUCACCCAGUGCCCGACUAUGAGCUUAAGUACCCACAAGUGAGCAGUGAGAGGGAACGGAGCCGCUAUGCUGCGGUGUUCCAGGACCAGUACACAGAGUUCUUGGAGCUCCAACAGGAGGUGGGCUCUGCACUGGCAAAGCUCCAGCAGCUGGAGGCCUUGCUGAACUCACUGCCCAGGCCCCAAAGCCAGAAGGAAGCCCAAUUUGCCGCCCGUGUCUGGAGGAAAUUUGAGAAGAAGCAGAUGGACCCCAGCUUCCUGGACAAGCAGGCUCGCUGCCACUACCUGAAGGGCAAACUGAGGCACCUCAAGAUGCAGAUCCAGAAGUUCGAUGAGCAAGGAGACUUCGAGGGCUCUGUGUACUUCUGAGUGCCCUGGCAGACGGGCAGAGGGACACCCCGAGUGGCGGUCCCACCCUGCCCUCGCUUCUCUUCCUACCUCCCAGCUUUAGCUCCUGCUUUUACCCCCUACCGGGGUAGCUUUGUCAGAUGCCUCGGCCUUUGAGACCCAGCUCUGAUGGCGCCUCCUCCGGGAAGCCGCCCCAGAACCUCCUCAGGGACCAGUGGCUCUGAGCCCAGAUCUCAACACAUCCCCUGGAAGCAGGUCUUGCCUAAGUCUCUAUCUCAGUAUAAUAAACAUUUAUGAAAUGCC